GGUAAUUCUACAUAUCGAAGCUAGAUGUGAGUGAAGAGUUAUGAGGGGAGUGAAUAAGUGAGCUACGUGUCCAUAAUGUGAUCAUACAUGGCCAACUUGAGUCAUAAUUGAAGAAGGGAGGAUAGACGAGCGAGUCUUGUACCUAGUCGUAGUAGUAGUAGUAGCGUAGGGAGAUGAACUAACCCUAGGUAAGUAGUACUCCGUAAUGGCUGGUGAGGAACUAAUCAAAAGGACUGCGGAGGAAAGCGACCAAGUGGCCUCAACGGGUUAGCGCGACUGGGAAAGUGGCCAGCGAGGCGACUAUUGCUUCGCACCCGAACUCAACCUCAUCGCUCCCUUUCCCUUCCCCAUCUUAUUACUUCGACUACCUUCUCUUCUUCUCUUCUUCUUAUUCUUCUUCUUUUUAUCCUUUGAUUUCCCUUCCGCUCUUUCAGCUGGUCCUUCCACCAGCUUCAUUUUCUUUUCUCUUCCCCCUUACUCUUUAAGUAUUUGGAAGCUGGAAAGUCACAAUGAGUGGACUUCGCUUCCUUGAUCUAAUUAAACCCUUUACGCCCCUCCUCCCGGAGGUGGCAGCCCCGGAGACCAAGGUGCCCUUCAACCAGAAGUUGAUGUGGACUGGGUUGACACUCCUGAUCUUCUUGGUCAUGAGCCAGAUGCCUCUUUAUGGUAUUGUCUCCUCUGACACCUCCGAUCCCCUGUACUGGCUGCGUAUGAUGUUGGCCAGUAACCGUGGUACCCUGAUGGAAUUGGGUAUCACUCCCAUCAUCUCCUCCGGCAUGGUUUUCCAGCUCCUCGCUGGUACCCACCUCAUCGAUGUCAACCUUGACCUCAAGACCGACCGUGAACUGUACCAGACCGCCCAGAAGCUUUUCGCAAUCAUCCUUUCCUUCGGUCAGGCUUGUGUCUAUGUCUUGACUGGCCUCUAUGGGCAGCCAAGCGAUCUGGGUGCCGGUAUCUGUGUCCUGCUGAUUGUUCAGCUUGUUGUUGCUGGUCUUGUUGUCAUCCUUCUGGAUGAGUUGCUCCAGAAGGGAUACGGUCUUGGAAGCGGUAUCUCUCUGUUCAUUGCCACCAACAUUUGCGAGUCUAUCGUCUGGAAGGCUUUCUCUCCCACUACCAUCAACACUGGCCGUGGUCCCGAGUUCGAGGGUGCUAUCAUCGCUCUGUUCCAUCUUCUGUUGACCUGGUCCGACAAGCAGCGUGCUUUGCGCGAGGCUUUCUAUCGUCAGAACCUCCCUAAUGUCAUGAACCUGCUGGCUACUCUCCUCGUUUUCGCCGCCGUCAUCUACCUCCAGGGUUUCCGUGUGGAGAUCCCCGUCAAGUCCUCUCGCCAGCGUGGAAUGCGUGGAUCCUACCCCGUCCGUCUCUUCUACACCUCUAACAUGCCUAUUAUGCUCCAGUCCGCCCUGUGCUCCAACAUCUUCCUCAUCAGUCAGAUGCUGUACUCGCGCUUCUCGGACAACCUUCUGGUCAAGCUUCUCGGAGUCUGGGAGCCUCGUGAGGGUUCCGCCCAGCUUUACGCUUCCUCUGGUAUCGCUUACUACAUGUCCCCUCCUCUCAACUUCAAGGAGGCUCUUCUUGACCCUAUCCACACUGCUGUUUACAUUACCUUCAUGCUGGUUGCUUGCGCUCUCUUCUCCAAGACCUGGAUUGAAGUCUCCGGCUCCGCCCCUCGUGACGUUGCCAAGCAGCUCAAGGACCAGGGCCUUGUCAUGGCUGGCCACCGUGAGCAGAGCAUGUACAAGGAGCUCAAGAGGGUUAUUCCUACUGCCGCUGCCUUCGGUGGUGCUUGCAUUGGUGCUCUUUCCGUUGCCUCCGACCUCCUCGGCGCUCUUGGCAGCGGUACUGGUAUCCUCCUUGCCGUGACCAUCAUCUACGGAUACUUCGAAAUCGCCGCUCGCGAAGGUGAUAUUGGUUCGGGCCUCAAGGGCCUUGUUCCUGGUAACUAAACAGGAGCUUUCAGACUUUUUUUGAUGAACAGCAUGAGAAAGAAGGUUUGUAGCUUUGAUAUGCUUUUUGUAUUUCUCGUUCAUUUCCAGGUGAUGCGUUACCGCUGUGGCCAUCUGGAUUUUGGGUGUAUGUCUAGUUUUGCUUGGAAGGUAAUGAAUCUUUCCAUCGGAAAAGCGAGGCUGCAGCUGUACAUAGCACGAACCUGGUUUGUAACCAUAUAUUCUAUAAAAGAUCUAAAAAUGAUAUCUAAUUUGCUAUGACAAAAGAUAAA